AUGUCCGUACUUUCAGACAUCAUUUGCGACGAACGACGCAGUAUACAACCCGUCAUUCGUGGCCGUAUCUUAAGCGAUAUAAUCAGUGCGGCCUCAGACUUAGCCUCGAAUGCAGAACAUUUAUCCCAAGAUAAAAAACAGCGCUACCGGGAUGUGGUCGCCAAGGUAGUUGAAGAAACACCUAGUCCGGUUUUGUUGUCCACCUUGUCCAGCUUCCUUCAGUCGGAUACAGCUCCGUGGUUUAAAUCAAUAGUUUCAAGUCAAAUAUCACGAGUCCCUUUACGCCAGGACGGAGUUUUGCAAACAAUACUCUUCUUAGCUUCACAGCUUGCUCCUUCACUAGGUCAGGAGUCCCAAGACCAGACAUCAAAUGGCCCACACUUUACAGUGCAAGCGAUCAUGCAGUCAUCGCGCCUUUUAUCCUCAGUACCACAAGGACUGGACCCAGUAGACUACUUCUCUAUCAUUGGACCCCAACUAUUGGCUUUGAUUGAUGGAGAUGAUCCGGAUUUGAGGAAGACUGCGGCGUACGUGGUUGGUAAUGGGAUUUUAUGCAAGCGUGCCUACGGUGCCCCCGGAACUAUAGGUCAUUCUAUCUUCCUGGAACCGCUUUUCAAGACACUCACCGCUGGAUUGGAUGAUUCAUCAAGAAACUGGAUGAUGUCGUCCUCAGCUUCAGGCGAAGACUUACCGAACCGAGUCCUAGUCCCUGAAUCCUUGUUGGUGCUGGCAGUUGACAGGCUGAGAAGUUUAGUUCUUCAGCCUCCAAACCCAAGUCUCGUAAAGAGGGUUGUUUACCCAAUACUCGUCCCACUUUGGGGAUUGGCUUGUGGUACUUCAGAGCAACAACGCAAUUCUCUUCAUGAAAAGAUUAUGGAAGUGCUACAAACCUACUUCGCUAUAUCGGUCGGAGAACAGCCACUUAAAAAGCUGGUUGAUAAUCUGCUCUGGGAUGGAGGUUCCACCUGGACUUACAGUGUGGUUCCAACCCAUGGGCUCUCGUUGAUUAAGCGCGAAACUGCCAAAUCAGAUCGAUUGAAUAUUGUACGACUUCUAGACACUCUAGCGUCUCGGGCUAAGCUUUUCGUCGGCCUACUGGGAGCUGAUCCUAGCAGUGAAGAGCGCACCGGCGAUAUAUUUUUAUAUGUGAGCGAGAGCUGGCUCGUUUCAACUCCGGUUAAUGAGAGAUCCUUUAAUAAGCCCCAGCUUGGCCUCGCGAAUGAGGCCGAGAGCAUGGAACGCAAGCUAGUUAGCGCGAAACUGGCCGAGACACUUCUAGACAAUUUCAAAGACAUCCUUUCUCGUCGGCCUCUCAGAGUACUCGAGCUUAUUAAACAGAUCAUAGACGGCGAGUUCAAUCGCGCAAGUACACGAAAGAAAAGGGAUGGUGAUUUAGGGACUGGCAAGGUAUCACUCUCCUCGCUGGCGAACAUUGUCCCUGCGGAAGAAAAUACAGAACAAGGCAACGCAGAAGAGUCAGACUCAACUGAAUCUCUACCGGCCGUGUUCAGUUUACUCUCCACAGUACUCGCAUCCCCCGAGUUUUCGGCAUCAGAAGAUACUUUGCCUGUACUUGAAACUCUCAAAUCACGACUAGACCAACUAAUCCCCUAUCUUCCCCCGUCACUCGCUAAACCAGGGACAACUUCCUCGAUGCUUUUGGAGAUUCAUAUGACGUCACCUACAGAACAGAGCCAGAAACGACCAUAUGCUGAAGUAUCUGAUUUCGAAACACAUCGCCGAGCUCUGACCAAUCUUAAUUCUGAUCUCCCUCCCGUCCAAGCUGAAGGGUUCUCACUACUCUCCGAUUUGGUUAAAAAAUCCUCUCCCGUCCUCGACAUACCGUCUACAUUAACACUACUCCUAUCUAUCAUAACAGAUCCGUCCGAAGCUGCCGCUAAUGACGAGUUUAUCUACCUGAAUGCAAUAAAGCUGAUAGGCACAUUAGCCUCAAGACACCCACGCACAGUCGUCAAAACACUAGUCGAUCGUUACACAGACAGAAAUGAAACAACUAAUCUCGACCAGAGACUCAAGAUCGGAGAAUCUCUUUUACGAACUGUCCAAGACCUCGGCCAAUCAUUAACCGGAGAGACAGCAAAGGUCCUAGGUGAUGGCAUGAUCGCAGUCGCAGGGCGACGAUCCCAAAAGCCAGAGACCCAAAAGCGCCGCAAACAACAGCUCGAAAAAGAGAAACGACAGAAGGAGCGCGAAGAACGGCGAAACAAGGAACCUGCAAUGCCAUCAGGCUGGAAGAUCUCCUCACCCUCACCAGCAGCAAAAUUACAAGAAGAUGAAGAAGAAGGUUCAGAGUCCGAGUCUCCUGAACAAGCCGCCCAUUCCGCUAAUAUCAUCGCCGCCUGGGCUGCGGGCGCCUCGGCAGAUGAUGAGCCAGAUGACCUGCGAGCUCGUGCAUCUGCGCUGUCUAUCCUGGCCACUGCAGUUCAGACUAAUAUUGCUGGUCUUGGACCUUCAGUGGCUUCUUCAGCUGUUGAUCUUGCGCUUGCGACUCUUACCCUCGAGCAAGAGCCCGAGUCUGCGAUUCUCCGACGAGCAAGUGUUGUCCUGCUUCUUGAUAUCCUCAAGGCGCUCGAUACCACCCGGGAGACUCGCGGAAGCCAGGCUCUCGGUUUUGGGUUUUCACUUGCGGAUGACUCGGCCGGUGGCAUGUCUUGGAAGGAUGAGAACGCUAGCAGCCGUGGACCUUCGACCAUAGGUAACAUUCCGCAUAUGCUGCGGACACUAGCGUUUGUCGAAAGCCGUGAAACAGAUACCAUUGUCCGUGGCCAUAUUCGCGUAUUGAUUGAGAGUUUGGAGGCUUGGGUAGAAAAAUCCUUGUUGUGGGGAAUUGGAGCUCACGGUAGGGAAGGUGAAAAUGAGCCAAGACUGGAACUUGGGGAUCGAAUUGCUGGCCUUCAGAUCGAUCCUCUUGCAGGAAGACAAGAAAGCGGACGGCCUAGAAUUGAAGAAAUUGAAUGA